AUGGAGGGCGGCAAAGGGGUCUUUUCGGGUGAAAAAAUGGAUGAGUUUCGCACCUAUGAGGACUUUUUAGAUUCCCAGAUUAAACCUGUGGAUCUGUUUUACCUUGAGGAUCAGGAACUGGCCCGCCAGCUGGUGGAGCUGGGCCACAAGGGUAGCAGUUUGGAGAGGGAGGAAUUUGAGACAAGAAAAGCAGCUGCCGAGGCCUCCAGGCUUGCUUCAGGAAGCCAACAGAAGAAGCUGGCAAGUACAGGAAAGGAACUCAAAGAUAACUUCCUGAGAGCCCUGGCAGAGCGGGAGGAGGCAAACCGCAGUGGGGAAAUGACUGUCACACCUGUGCUGGAUGCCUGA